AGGCGAGAGCUUGCGUACUCUGACUUGGCCACGAAAUUAUUUAUCAUCCGUUGCUUAGAGCGACGGCGUACUAUUACAACAAAAUCUUAAUCUAUAUCUAAAUAAUACAUCCAUGGCUCUCCGUCACGUGGUAAACUUGUCCCUGUUUGGGGUCGCCUUCGCACAGUCUGUCCGCGGACACGCAACCAUGGCCAGCAACUUUGUUUUCCGUCAGCUAUUCGACACCAAAAGCAGCACGUACACUUAUUUGCUGGGAGAUGCUGAAAGCAAAGAUGCUGUUCUCAUAGAUCCUGUAAUUGAGCACGCAAAGAGAGACGCUCAGUUGGUAAAGGAUUUAAAUUUGAAUCUGAAAUUUGCCAUCAAUACUCAUAUGCAUGCUGAUCACAUCACCGGAACAGGUGAACUCAAGAAAUUAACAAACUGCAAGAGUGUUAUUUCCAAGGCUAGUGGAGCCAAAGCCGACAUCCACAUCGACGAGAGCGAUGUAAUUGAGUUCGGCACUCAUAAAUUACGUGUGUUCUCAACUCCGGGCCAUACAAACGGUUGCGUUACUUACUACAUCCCGGAACAAGGAAUGGCCUUUACUGGAGAUGCACUCUUGAUCCGUGGUUGCGGCCGCACCGAUUUCCAAGAAGGAAAUUCCACUAAUUUGUACGAGAACGUCCAUGGAAAGAUUUUCAGUUUGCCCGAUGAAACCAUUCUCUAUCCAGCUCAUGACUAUAAGGGAAUGAUGAGUACAACUGUUGACGAAGAGAAACGUCUCAAUCCGAGACUGACGAAAAGCCUUUCCGAAUUCGUCGAAAUCAUGGAAAAUCUUAAUCUUGCCUACCCGAAAAUGAUCGAUAAAGCUUUGCCAGCAAACAAAGCUUGUGGACUCUACGAUUUGCCAGAGGAAUACCAAACAUAAAUCAAGUAUUAAUCAUAACAAAAAUAUACACAUAAACAUUUAACACUGUUAGAAGAACAAAUAUUAGAUUUCAUGUUGUUAAUAUAUAUCUGAUUACUUCUUUA